AUGGCCAGGCUGCUGGCUAGGGCUUGCUGCCCCAAAGCUCUUCCUCAGGGUCCCAGAUGCUCCCUUGGGUCAGUGACUGCCAGAGCCUGGAGCAACGGGCCUCUCACCGCCUACAUGCCCGAAGCUGUCGCCUUUCCCAAACCCAAGGACCACCAAGGCUUGUACAAGGUGUCAGUGGAGCAGGGGGAUGCCUUCUGGGGAGCACUAGGGAGGAGCCGGCUCACCUGGAUCACCCCCUUCCACUCUGUCCAGGACUGUGACCUGCGCCAGGGCAGGGUCUCCUGGUUCCUGGGUGGGCAGCUGAAUGUGUCAGUGAAUUGUCUGGACCGACAUGUCCAUGUAGCCCCAGACAAAGUGGCCUUAAUCUGGGAGAAGGAUGAACCAGGAGAGCAGGUGCAGGUCACGUACAGGGAACUGCUGGAGCUGACAUGCCGCCUGGGAAACACCUUGAAACGGCAAGGGGUGAAACGGGGUGACAGGGUGACAAUCUACAUGCCUCCAUGCCCGCUGGCGGUGGCUAGCAUGCUGGCCUGUGCCCGCAUUGGGGCUGUGCACGCUGUGGUGUUCGCUGGGUUCAGUGCAGAGUCCCUAGCAGACAGGAUCCAGGAUGCCCAGUCGGAGACAGUGAUCACAGUGAACCAGGGCCUGAGAGGCGGCAAGGUUAUUGAGCUAAAGAAGACAGUGGACCAGGCUGUGAAGCAGUGCCCAGGAGUGAAACGGAUUCUGGUUUCCAUGAGGACCGACAGCAAGGUUCCCAUGACAGCCCUGGAUGUGCUGCUGGAGGAGGAGAUGAUGAAGGAGGAUGCGUGCUGUGAGCCUGCUGCCAUGGACAGUGAAGACAUGUUGUUCCUUCUCUACACAUCAGGCAGUACUGGCAAACCCAAGGGUCUGGUUCAUUCCCAGGCUGGUUACUUGCUGUUUGCUGCUCUUACACACAAGUACGUGUUCAACUACCAGGACAGGGAUAUCUUUGGCUGCGUGGCAGACAUCGGCUGGAUCACAGGGCACACUUAUGUGGUCUACGGCCCCCUCUGCAAUGGUGGCACCACAGUCCUUUUUGAGAGCACUCCCAUCCAUCCUAACCCUGGCCGCUACUGGGAAACAGUGGAGAGGUUAAAAAUUAACCAGUUUUAUGGAGCGCCCACUGCCAUCCGCCUUCUCCUGAGAUACGGCGAUGAAUGGGUGAAGAAGUACGACCGCUCUUCUCUCAAAGUGCUCGGCUCAGUGGGGGAACCCAUCAACAAGGAGGCCUGGGAGUGGUACUUCCAUGUGGUUGGUGAGACACGGUGCCCAGUAGUGGACACAUGGUGGCAAACUGAAACAGGAGGCAUCUGUAUCUCACCCCGUCCGUCUAAUCCUGGAGCGAAAAUCCUUCCAGGCAUGGCUAUGAGACCCUUUUUUGGGAUCAGCCCCUCCCUCCUGGAUGACAAGGGAAACGUCCUUCUGGAAAACAACAUUUCUGGAGCUCUUUGCAUCUCACAAGCCUGGCCAGGUAUGGCACGAACCAUUUACAAUGACCACAAGAGAUUUCUGGAAACCUAUCUGACUCCUUAUCCAGGCUUUUUCUUCACCGGGGAUGGUGUGUAUCGUACCAGUGAGGGCUACUACCAGCUGACAGGACGGCUGGACGACAUCAUUAACAUCAGCGGACAUCGGCUGGGCACUGCAGAGGUGGAGGAUAUUGUGAAUCACCACGUGGCAGUGGCAGAGUCUGCUGUCAUCGGCUACCCACAUGAGAUCAAGGGAGAAGGAGCCUACGUGUUUGUCGUGCUGAAGAAGGACAGUGGCUACACGCAGGAGGCUCUCACUGCUGAGCUACAGGAGUUGAUCUCAAAGAAGAUCGCUAAGUAUGCAGCUCCAGAGUAUGUUCAGGUCACACACCGGCUGCCCAAGACACGCUCGGGGAAGAUUAUGCGUCGGGUGCUAAGGAAAAUCGUGGAGGACAAGGCCAGUGAACUUGGGGACCUAACCACCCUGGACGACCAUGAAGCUGUGCAGCAGAUAAUAGAGGGACACAAGCUCCUGGUGGAGGGGUGGAAGACCUGCUAG